GCCGUCACGAUGUCAGUCAAAUUUGAGAAGGAUACCAUUCAGCAGACCGGUGGAGUGGCCGGCUCACAGGGAAUCGGCAUGAUGAGAGGAGGCAAACACGAAUUAGCAGAUGAGAUCGGGGUAGCUUUGACCGGAGGGAAAGGAAACGUUGGCCAACCCGGUUACUUGGCGGCCUACCUCAAGCAGCUUCAGACGAAUCCUCUACGAACUAAGAUGCUCACAUCGGGUACCCUUUCAGCUCUGCAAGAAAUUCUUGCCUCUUGGAUUGCUAAGGACCGAGCGAAGAAUGGCACCUACUUUACAGCACGAGUUCCCAAGAUGGCUGUGUAUGGAGCUUUUAUCAGCGCACCUUUAGGCCAUGUCCUUAUCAGCAUACUUCAAAAGGUGUUUGCGGGCCGCACAAGUUUGAAGGCGAAGAUCUUGCAGAUUAUUGCCAGCAACUUAAUUAUCGCUCCUAUUCAGAACAGUGUCUACCUGGUUUCAAUGGCCAUCAUCGCUGGUGCUAAGACAAUUCAUCAAGUCCAUGCGACCUGGAAAGCCGGUUUCAUGCCUGUCAUGAAGGUCAGCUGGGUCACUUCCCCAUUGGCCCUCGCCUUCGCACAGAAAUUCCUUCCCGAGCAUACAUGGGUUCCCUUCUUCAACGUCAUUGCAUUCUUCAUUGGCACAUACGUCAAUUCUGUCACAAAGAAGAAGCGUCUUGCUGCACUCCGAAAGCGGUAUCAGGAUGAAAACAGAGGUGCUGGCAGACCUGAUGAGGGGUAUGGUGGUCCAAAAUACUAGUCUCGAGAAAAGAUUGGACUCGUUAACGCCUUGCCCACGUCAAUUUCCGUGUGUAUUCCACGCCUCUUUCAGAUCCUAGUCGAUUUUCCGUUCUACAGAUCGAUCUUUUGCCAUCGCCCGAAAAUGAUUGGUUGAAGGGACAUCCCACCUGCAUGUAGAUUUUUCACGAGAGUUGGUUUGCUUGGUGGCAGCAACCAUACACGAAGGGAAGCAUUGCCUCGAUUUUCCGUAUCUUUUGGUGUUAAUCGGCUGCUGAUUUGUCACAUAUGGAAUUGAUUGGCGUUAUGUUUGCCCUGG